CUGCUGCUGGCGCUGCUGGCGCUGCCGGGCGGCGGGCCCGGCUCGGCGGCGUCGCGGGAGCCCGCCGGCCCGUGCCGCGUGAAGACGGUCACGGUGUCCACGCUGCCCGUGCUCCGCGAGAACGACAUCAGCUGGAGCGGCGCCCCGCCGCCCGCCGCCGCCGCCGACUCCCGCCUCAUGCUCUUCGUCCGCAACGAGCUGCCCGGGCGCGUCGCCGUGCAGGACGACCUGGACAACACCGAGCUGCCCUUCUUCACCCUCGAGAUGUCUGGAACUGUGGCUGAUAUUUCCUUGGUGCACUGGAAGCAGCAGUGGCUGGAGAAUGGUACCCUGUAUUUCCACGUCUCCAUGAACAGUGCUGAGCAGCUGUCUCGGGUCACUCCGCCCACCCUCCAGGAGCCUUCGGAGAUAGUGGAGGAGCAGAUGCACAUUCUUCAUAUCUCUGUCAUGUGUGCUCAGACCUAUGGGCAGAGCUGGAGCUGCACACCAGGCAGUGAUGCUCUCUGGGGACUUGCUGAGCCAGCUCUGAAGGAGAAGUGA